CCGCUGCAUCUCGACCUCUUCGCUCUCACACUCACAGACAGACACAGCGCAUGGCUUCGCGCGUGGGCCUCCUCCUCGCUCCCUCCUCCUCCCUCGCCCUAAACCCACCUCGUCCUCGCCUCCCUUAUCCCCUGCUUUCCCACCACCUUGGCCGCCCCACCUACCGCCGAAUCGCCUCCUCUGCGCCGCUGCGCUCCCCCCUCUGGUGGCCCCGCCAAGCGCCAUCCCUCUUUGCCGCCCGCGCCAUGUCAGGGUCCGCCGGUAGCCCCCCGUACGCCGCCGAGCUUGCAGCCGCCAAGAAGGCCGUCGCCCUUGCCGCCCGCCUAUGCCAGACUGUACAACAGGAAAUUCUGCAAUCAGAUAUUCAGUCCAAGGCGGAUAAAAGUCCUGUGACAGUAGCUGACUAUGGAUCUCAAGUAUUGGUAAGUCUCGUGUUAAAUAUGGAAGUAACUUCUGGUUCAUUUUCUAUGGUGGCCGAAGAGGACUCAGAAGACUUGAGAAAGGAUAGUGCUGAAGAAAUUCUGGAACAUAUUACUGAUCUUGUAAAUGAAACUCUCGCUGAGGAUGGUUCAUACAACAUUACUUUAUCUAAGGAAGGUAUCCUCUCUGCAAUUGAUACUGGGAAGUCUGAAGGAGGUCCAUCUGGCCGACAUUGGGUUCUGGAUCCAAUUGAUGGGACUAAAGGUUUCUUGAGAGGAGGCCAAUAUGCAAUCGCACUGGCACUGCUUGAUGAGGGCAAAGUUGUUUUGGGCGUGUUGGGAUGUCCAAAUCUUCCUUUGACAUCAAUAAGCAACCUCAAUGGUAGCUCAUCAGGAGAUCAAACAGGGGCCCUCUUUUCAGCUACAAUUGGUUGUGGUGCUGAAGUAGAGUCAUUAGAGGGCUCUCCACCACAAAAGAUUAGUGUUUGUACCAUUGACAAUCCAGUGAAUGCCUCGUUCUUUGAAUCCUAUGAAGGAGCACACACAAUGCAUGAUUUAACUGGCUCUAUAGCGGAGAAACUUGGUGUCCAAGCUCCUCCAGUCAGAAUAGAUAGCCAAGCAAAAUAUGGUGCUCUGGCCCGUGGCGAUGGUGCCAUUUACUUGCGUUUUCCACACAAGGGUUAUAAGGAAAAGGUAUGGGAUCAUGCAGCUGGCGCAAUUGUCGUCACAGAAGCUGGAGGUGUAGUAACAGAUGCCUCAGGAAACGAUCUUGAUUUCUCGAAAGGAAGAUUUCUUGAUGUUGACACAGGCAUCAUUGCCACAAAUAAGCAGUUGAUGCCAUCACUGCUGAAGUCUGUCCAGGAGGCCAUCAAGGAGAAAAGCCAGGCCCCUUCCCCAUUGUAGAAGCCUUUUUGGUUUGAACCUUCCCUGUUGUAGUUGGAUUGAUCCAAAACAAUGAUCGCAAUGCCACACCUUAUUCACACUUUCUGUGUGUAAAUGACCUUUUUGUUGGGACAAAUGCAAUCCUUGUUGUAUCACAUUUGUACAUCUAAGGAGUGGUGACAGCCAUGUCUUAAAUAAAAGAGGCAUUUGCCUGCAGUUAUAAAUA